UGGAGCCCCAACUCCUACUGACCGCAGCUUGUCUUUCAUCAUGGACAGCGAGGGUGAGAAAGUCCUGGAAGGUAUCUUCGCUGUUGCCAAGCCAGCAAACGUCUCGUCUGCAGAUGUUCUCCUCAAAUUGCAGGAAACUUUUGCGCCAUCAGCCACAUUUGCGCCACUGCUCAGGACGCAACCCAAGCGUACCAGCAAAUCGUCUAAUCAGGUGUUUCGUCUCGGACACGGCGGGACUCUGGAUCCCUUGGCUGCUGGAGUUCUUAUUGUGGGCAUCGGCCGUGGCACUAAACAACUCUCUAAUUAUCUAUCUUGCAGAAAGACUUAUGAGACAGUUGUGCUGUUCGGCGCAAGCACGGAUACUUACGACUGUACUGGCUCCGUAACCCAGGAAGCGGGAUACUCGCACGUGACAAAAGAAUUGGUUGAUGAGAAGCUUGGGGGUUUCAGAGGAACAAUACAGCAACUGCCCCCUCUGUACUCGGCAUUGAAGAUCAAUGGUAUCAAGGCUUGCGAGUACGCGCGUCAGAGGAGGGACCUGCCACGAGAGCUGGAGAGCCGAGAAAUGCAUGUUGACGAGUGUACGCUGCUGGAAUGGUACGAGCCGGGCCAGCAUGACUUUGCAUGGCCGGGCAAGGUCGAGCCCGCUUCAGCACCUGCCGCGAAAAUACGACUGACGGUAUGCUCGGGCUUUUACGUUCGCAGUUUUGCACACGACCUCGGCGGUUCAUGUGAUACAUGCUCGCACAUGGUAUCUUUACUUCGAACAAGACAAGCUGAUUUCACCACAUCAAACCCACCUGAGCCGUCAAGUUUGACAAGCACGCUAACAUAUGCGGAUCUGGAAGCUGGCGAACACGCCUGGGGGCCGAAGCUUAGACCACAACUUGAUCGCUGGGUCACUGCCCAUCCGGUCGUCCAAGGGCAUGUCAAUGGAAGGGAUGCAAGUGUGAAGCGCAAGACCGAAGAGCAGCAAGCAAGACCGAGGCAACGGUUCCGUGGAGAGUGGGUGGCAAGCACAAAGAAAGAGAGGAUUAAACAGCAAGGAGGCAAAUUCAAGGGCAAAUGGGGAAGAAAGCUUGCGACCGACAGGGAGGCAAAUGACAACACCAGUAACCAGUCGAUAGUGCCUGUGAUUAACGAUCAAAAGCCAUGAAGAUACCAAUAUUUGCAAACAAGCCGGAGCAUCGGAAGAUCGAAAUUAGCAGUGCGCAAACCCGAACGACGAGGCUCCACAAAACGAUUGCGCCGUCAAUUUCCCACGUGCGAGGCUACCGGCACCAAUCCACUAUGGUAGCCUCGGUUUUAUAACUCCAAAAGCCACCAUGCCGGUCCUGACGCAAUAACGGAGUCUUUCAGCUCGACUGGCUGCGACUCCCGAUUCAUGUUCCGCACUUGGGCAUGGCGAGUCCGAAGUCUUUGCCUACUGUUUUGUGCUAGCACUACACAGCAUACGUACAUAGUGGCGGGACAGCGGGCG